UUGGUACACGUAAAUUCGAAUAUUUCAUGACGCAAAGACAAGAAGGACAAGUACACUCAGUCCUCUUCGACAACGGCGAGUCUUAUGACUAUGGCACGCCAGAAACACUCCAAUUUUACCCUACAUCUUAUGGAUAUCCUAAUAAUGCUUAUAUACAACAAUCUUCUGGUUACCAACCUUAUCCUUACAACAACGGCGGUAAUACAGGUGGUUUCUGGAGUGCAUUUGGAACUGGAGGCUUUCCCGGCGAACCACCUUUAUUAGACG